AUCAUAGCGGUGGACUCGAUUAUGGGGAAGAGGUACUGUAUACAUCGACUGAUCGGCCAAGAUCUAGCUCAUUCUUGUUAACACACCCACCAUGUGACUGUCGGGAACUAUCAAACAGACUUCAGGAGCAGACUCAACCCUGAUCCUGGACAGCAUUUCAACGUGGAUUCUAUGUUGCGUGGCAUUGUAUUACCGCUUUAACCAGCGUUAAGCCCCGGAGAUGUUCUGGUUCACGCAAGGCCUGUGCUUUCUACCAGCGUUUUUGGUCACCUGGUCCUCCAGCACUUUCAUUGUUUCCUACAUUAUUGCGAUUUACAGGCAUGAUGUCGACAUCAUAUUUCCAUAUAUAAGUGACACAGGUGCAAACCCCCCCGAGAGCUGCAUCUUUGGCCUGAUGACAUUCAUUUCUGCAUGCGCAGGAACAGCAACCAUAUAUGCCAGGUAUAAGUUGGUGGAGAAGCUGAUUGCAGACACACGGGUGGUGAGCCCAUGUCUUAAUAAAACUGCUCUUGCGUUUGGGAUGUCCUCCUGUUUGGGCAUGUGUGUUGUUGCAACGUUCCAGGAAACAACAGUGACAGUAGUGCAUGACAUAGGAGCUCUGGUGUUCUUUGUCCCUGGCAUCUCAUACAUAACCCUCCAGUCCGUUAUAUCGUAUUAUGUCUAUCCAUUCGGGGCCUCCUUGGGUGUGUGUCGAGUACGUUUGGGUAUCGCCACCCUGGCUAUUUUGGCAUUUUUCCCCACUGUCAUCUGCGCAGGCUUUGUGAAACAAACCACAUUGCACAGAGACGAAGGAGACAAGGACUAUCCCUUCCAUGUAGCCAGCGCCGUAUGCGAGUGGACCGUUGCCUUCAGCUUUAUCUGCUUCUUCUUGACUUACAUCGAAGAUUUCAAACUGUUUACCUUACGGGUGACAACUGAAUAUGAUGAGUAGCCUUGAUGAGUCUGCAACUGCCAACGAAACCUAAGUAUUUUAAAAUGUAAUAAUGUGCUGCAUUUGUUUGUUGUAGAGCUUUUACGCAAAAAUGUUGUACAUUUGCAAUUUACACUGCAAAGCUUUUUUUAUACGAUUUUGUGUUUUGUAUCACUUGACUGAAUUUACUGGUAGAUUACAGUAAUAUUUAUACAUCUUAAAUAACUGGCUGUUGUAAAGUUAUACAGGAAAAAGCUGAUCACAGACUGUAUCUUAGUACUUUUUAUGCAAACUCAAAUCAUUUUUAUAACCGUACGUUUUGCAUCCGGUGUUCACACUUUGCACUUGACUGUUUCCACACCAGCAUGACACUUCCUGUCAGACCUCUGACCAGUAAUAAGAGAAGUUCAUCACACAGUGAACACAUGAUAGCUGCACAUGGUUAAAUGGGAAUACCAAUCUUACUAACAUGUCAGUGUGUGGUUGCACAGUGGCUGAUGUUGAAUGAGGAAACUACAAUGACACUGCAUGGAAGUAAAAAGAAACCUGAAAUAUUUACAUUACGGGAGUUUUAUUCAAAUGCUGCCAGUUCCUUAAACAAAGUUGUAUUCCAUGUUUUAGCAGUUUUCUCUACAAAUUAAGUAGAAACACUUCUGUCUUUUGAUACUCUGAUUCAGAGUUACUGUGUGGUGCUCAUGUACUAAAUGGUUAAUGCUGGGUCUACAGUGCAGCUUUGGGUGAGGUUUUGCAAAGGUCUACAGCCUGUACACAGAUAACCAAUGGGAAUUAAGUAACUUAUUGGUUAGUAACUGCCAAACUAAAUUGCUGUAAUAAAAUGAACAAGGAUUUGAAGAUUAUUCGAACUAAAGACAAGUUUUCAGUGUGCCUCAGAGCAGCAAACAGUUUGAAGCAGUUUAACCAAUAGUGACAUUUCCUUCUUAAAUGGUUUAAUUUGUAGAAUUUUCAGGAGCCUGAAGAUGCAAAGGUUUCUAGCAUUUCAUAUAUAAAAAAAAACUAUUGUCGUGAUUUUUAUGAAACUUGGAGGUGGCAUGGGGAAAGGAAGAACAGAAGGAAGGAAGUGCCCUUCUAGAUUUUUAUUCAACAAGUAACAUCAAUGAGUA